UUCCAAACAAAAUGAAAAACUCCAAAACUCCAAUGAUCAAGGCGCAUCCAAUGARCAAGCCAUAAACUUCUUUGACUUUGAGCUCCAAACUUCACAAGAAAAGAAACGCCUUGUCUGUUAUAGUCCAAAUAAAAGGGUCAAUGUCCAUCAAGCUUUCGAAAAACGAUCACCAAUUAAGAUUACUGGAAUCAAGAAAAACUCAUCAAAAAGAUUCCUAUCAGACAUUGAAGAAUAUACAGUUCCGAAAUCUGCAAAGAUUCAGUCAACAUCUCUAGUAUUCCCAUACAAUAGCGAAAUAGACAAUCGACUCCAUACUUGUGAAGAAGCCCUCGAAGCAAAUAUCUACAAAAAGGUCGAUCUUAAAGUAAAMGUUUUUACCAAACAAGAACACAAGCAACCUGUUGUUAAAAAUGGAAAAACUUCAUACAAGUCUGACUGCAUUGUAUCAGAUUCCACUGAAUCAAUUAAAGUAGUACUGUGGGAGCAAGCCAUAGAACAGGUUGAAACAGGAAAAAGUWACCAUUUCCAAAAUCUCACAAUAAGAUGUUUUGAUGACACAAAAUUUGUAAAUACAAAUGAUAUUGCUGAUGCUGAAGUCAACACUUCAGAUCUGGAAGACCACCACAUCACUGGCAGAAUUAUAGCUGCUAAUGUAAAGAGCUCUGAGUGAUGUAUUGUUUGUAACCA